CCUCCCCCAAAACCGAGGAAGCGAGGAACACCUGCUCGCUCGCCUCUCUUCUUUGGUGAGUAGUUGUUGACAAAAAGAGCACGAAAGCGGAAAAGGGUAAAGGGGAAGGAAGCCAGAGCAGCCAGCCCGCCAUUCUUGCCGAGUCCACGCCUCCGGCCGCGGCGGCGCCCCUUCGGUUCUCGCCUCGGGAGUCUCGGAUUGGAGGGGAGGAGGAGGAGGAGGGUUUGGGUGGCCAUGGAUACGACUACCAGGGCCGCCAAGAUCCCGCCGCUCCACCGCCAGACGGAGAUCAACUGGGACAACCUUGACAAGACCAAGCUCUACGUGGUGGGCGCCGGCAUGUUCAGCGGCGUCACCGUGGCGCUGUACCCUGUCUCAGUGGUCAAGACCCGGAUGCAGGUCGCCUCGGGGGACGCCGUGAGGAGGAACGCGCUGGCCACCAUCAAGAACAUCCUUAAGGUGGACGGCGUGCCGGGGCUCUACCGGGGAUUUGCGACCGUUAUCACCGGGGCUGUCCCAACUAGGAUUAUCUUCCUCACGGCGCUCGAGACGACCAAGGCGGCCUCCCUCAAGCUUGUUGAGCCGCUUAAGCUGUUGGAGCCGGUGCAGGCCGCAGUUGCCAAUGGCCUUGCCGGUCUGUCAGCAUCUACGUGCUCGCAGGCUGUGUUUGUGCCCAUUGAUGUGAUAAGCCAGAAAUUGAUGGUUCAAGGAUAUUCUGGCCAUGCCAGAUACAAAGGUGGAAUAGAUGUUGCUCGAAAGAUCAUAAAGGCUGAUGGGGUAAGGGGCCUAUACAGAGGAUUUGGACUGUCUGUUAUGACGUACGCACCAUCUAGCGCUGUGUGGUGGGCGAGUUAUGGAUCAAGCCAGCGCAUAAUUUGGAGUGCCCUUGACCAUUGGUAUGAUAAAGAAGAUGCUCCUAGCCAGUUGAAAAUAGUUGGUGUUCAAGCGACAGGGGGAGUUAUUGCUGGCGCAGUGACUUCUUGUGUUACAACUCCCAUAGAUACAAUCAAGACCAGGCUGCAGGUUAUGGACAGUCAAAAUAAGCCAAAAGCCAGUGAAGUAGUUAAAAGAUUGAUUGCUGAAGAUGGAUGGAAAGGUCUCUACAGAGGAUUAGGUCCAAGAUUUUUCAGCUCAUCAGCUUGGGGUACCUCAAUGAUAGUAUGCUAUGAAUACCUAAAGCGCCUGUGUACUAAAGUUGAAGAGGUCUGACUUCUGAGUCGGCUUAAACCUAAAUGCAAUUUCUACAUUGCUGGAAGUUUUGUAGUAGCAAAAGCAAAUUAAUGCUGUACACCGACAACAGUGACACCCACCCGAAGCUCCAGUUCUUGCUGACAUAGGUGAACAAAUGGAUGCUUGAUGGUGUGAAAGACUUCAUUCGAUGCUAGAUUUUUUUGCAGAGGUCCUUAUUAUUUCCCUCAUGUUGAAUAUGGAUUAGGAAGAUUAUUUCAGAUGGACAUAUAAACUAGAAAUCAGAUGUACUCACUUUUCAUUCUUUUAAACGUCAAGGUUUGUUAUAUCGAGGCUGGAUGAUUGGGACCAGUUGUAAUGACAUGGAGCAAUGAUUCCAACAAUGCUCGUUUUGAAUAUUGUCUUCUUCAAUAUACGUGCAGCUGUUAUGGUA